AUGGCGGAGGAGGAGAACACUGUGCGGGAGCCUCUCGACCUGAUCAGGCUCUCGCUUGACGAGAAAGUGUAUGUGAAGCUCAAGGGGGAGCGGGAGCUGCGCGGCAAGUUGCACGCAUACGACCAGCACUUGAAUAUGAUCCUUGGGGAUGUAGAGGAGACGGUGACGUCGGUGGAAAUUGACGAGGAGACGUUUGAGGAGAUCAUCAAGGCAAGCGAGGGCGACAGCAGUCGGAUGGUCCCCUACCUCUUCGUGCGCGGUGAUGGCGUAAUCCUUGUCUCGCCACCACUGCGGUCAUGA